UUCAACACGUUCACUACGCGAAGGAUACAGUUCUUCUCUCUCUCUCUCUCUCUCUCUCUCUCUCUCUCUCUCUCUCUCUCUAUUUCUCUUUGUGAUUGAUUUUCUCGCAGCUUUACGUCUCCAUCACGGUCUCUGAUUUCCAUUUCUUGUUCGCUCUCUUUCCCUCUGUGAUCCGGAGAGGAGAAAGAUUGGUGGAAUUUUUCAUUACAACAUAUUCUAUCCGGAUCGAACAAUUUCCAGGUAUAUUCGGGAUAACAUGGCAGAGGAAAAAGCCGCUGGAGAAGGUGAGAAGAAGGAUUCUGUUGCGGAUGUUGGCAGGAAGAAGAAAUCCCGGGGGAUUUUCUCGCGGCUUUGGAAUAGUAUAUUCCGUGUACGCGGUGAUGAUUUUGAGAAGAGGCUUCAGCAUAUUUCCAAGGAAGAAGCUGCUGUUCUUGCUAGGUUGAAGCGUAGAUCCCUAACUUGGCGACGAAUGGCUAGAAAUCUUAUUAUAUUUUCUGUCGUUUUUGAGAUUGUUGCAGUUUGUUAUGCUAUCAUAACUACAAGAACUGUAGAUUUGAACUGGAAGAUGAGAGCUUUCAGAGUUUUACCCAUGUUUCUUUUGCCUGCAUUGUCGACUCUGGCUUAUACGGCAUUCCUUAGCUUCACAAGAAUGUGUGAUAGGAAGGACCAAAAAACCCUUGAAAGGCUGCGAGCUGAGAGGCAAGCUAAAAUUGAUGAACUUAAGGAGAAAACAAAUUAUUACAUUACUCAGCAGCUCAUCCAGAGAUAUGACCCCGACCCUGCUGCAAAGGCUGCUGCUGCAACUGUAUUGGCUUCCAAGAUGGGAGCCGAUUCAGGCUUAAAGGUUCGUUUGGGCGAUGAGUCCAACCCUAAUGUUCCAUCAGGGAAGAGCAAUGAUGUUGAAUUUGUGCAAGCCGGUGGUGGGCUUCGAAACAGAAAACAAGGUCACUCCCGUUCCAGCAGUACAGGUAGUGCUUCAUUGCAUCAUAUUGAGGAAGAAGCACGCCGUCCUGCAGUAUCCGAUGCUCCUCAUGCUUCUGAGCAUAAUCAGUUGGUUGUCGGUCAUUACAAUCCCCAAGGACCAGCUGUAAAUGAUGGAGGAUGGCUAGCUCGAAUUGCCGCACUGCUCGUUGGAGAAGAUCCAACACAAUCUUAUGCACUCAUCUGUGGCAACUGCCAUAUGCACAAUGGACUUGUCAAGAAGGAAGAUUUCCCAUUCAUUACCUACUACUGCCCACAUUGUCGAGUCUUAAAUCGGUCCAAUCAAUCAGAGGAACAAGUCUCUGGGCAUGGCAGUCCACCUGUUGGUUCUAUAAAACCAAGAAGCACUAGUGACCCAAUAGUACUCACCAGCAACGUGGACGCAGAGACAAUUUCUGAGAUUCAGGAGGCCAUCGAACAAACGGAAUCUGCAAACUUAAUUAGUGAAGAAGAAAAGGUACGCACAGAUGAAACGACAUAAUUAUAAUACACCACGGAACUCGAAUUUGAUCGUUGUCUUGGGCUUGAUAUAAUAUCCCCUUGUGUUCAUAUCGUGGGAGUUAUCAAGCAACAGAUUGUUUUCAUAGUUUGCUUCUUGCUUGGUCUUGUAAAAGCUGGCACUGUUAAGGUGAGUAACAUUCCUUCCUUCCUUCCUUCCUUCCUUCCUUCCUUUGUUCAUUUUAUAUUUUACCUUUUUUCCUUUCUUAGAGAGUUGAUUGAUGUAUACAUAGAUUACAUGGAUUUUGUUGUAAACAUGUAAAACUUUUUGAGUUUUUACUUUUUAAUGGAAGUGUCUAAAAGAUUUUACUUCUC